AUGGAAACACAAGGACAACAUGGAAACAUAAGGACCCAAUGGAAACACAAGGACCACAUGGAAAUACAAGGACGCAAUGGAAACACAAGGACCAUGUGGAAACACAAGGACCACAUGGAAACACAAGGACCACAUGGAAACACAAGGACCCAAUGGAAACACAAGGACCACAUGGAAACACAAGGACCACAUGGAAAUAUAAGGACCCAAUGGAAACACAAGGACCCAAUGGAAACACAAGGACCAAAGUGGAAACACAAGGACCCAAUGGAAACACAAGGAGCACAGUGGAAACACAAGGAGCACAAUGGAAACACAAGGAGCACAUGGAAGCAUAAAGGUUUCAUUGGAAAAUACAUUGACUUGACUUUCUCAUUGCAGGAUAAAAUUAAGGAACGAGUGAACACUGAAUUAAGUGGGCCACAGAUGGACUUGCCUCCCCUUGAUUUAGCUGAGAAGAAGUUCAACGCCAGUAGCCGUUUGUUCGUGGGUAAUCUGCCUCGGGAUUUACCAUACGAGGAGCUGAAGGAAAUAUUUUCUCAGUAUGGCGAGUUGGGACAAGUUUAUUUCAACAAAGAUGGAGCUUAUGCCUUUAUUAAUUUUGAUUACCGAGCUAAUGCAGAGAAGGCCAAGAGAGAGAUGCAAGGAAAGAAUUGCCGCAAUCGUCCGAUGAAGAUUAGAUAUGCUUCAAUCUCGACUGGUGUAAGAGUCAAGAAUCUAACACCGUGUGUGUCUAAUGAAUUGCUGGAGAAAGCCUUCAAUGUGUUUGGUCAAAUCGAGGCGUGCCGUGUGAUUGUUGACGACCGGGGAAAAACCACAGGUGAUGGCAUCGUGAUAUUUGCAGACAAGAAAGGUGCCACACUUGCCAUCAAGAAGUGUCAGGAGGAGUGCUAUUUCCUCACCAGUGCUCUUCGUCCUGUAAUUGUGGAGCCCCUUGAGGCUCGUGAUGAGGAAGAAGGUCAGCCUGAAAGUUCCAUGCAUAAGAAUGAGCAGUAUAAGCAGGAACGUAAGGAGGGACCCAGAUUUGCGGAUCGAAAUUCAUUCGAGUAUGAGUAUGGAAUACGUUGGAAGCGUCUGUACGAAAUGUACAAGGAAAAGAAAUUAUUGUUGGAAUCUGACCUACAAGCAGAAAUGGAACAACUGGAGAGAAGGCUGGCAAUUGUGCGUCAUGAGCACGAGACUGAGAAGCUUAGGAGAGAACUGAUGGCCCGUGAACAAGAAGCAAUGCAGUUAGGGAGAUCCUUGUAUGGUCGUCAAGGAGGAUAUGGAAUGGAUCGUUACCAGGGACUUCAAGAAGACCGCUAUACAGAUCGUUAUGAUACUUCACGAGAUGAGCGAUACCAGCAAGCUUUGCAAGAAGAGCGCUAUCAGAGAAUGCAGGAGGAGAGGUAUCAGCAAGCCUUGCAGGAAGAGCGGUACCAGGCCAUGCGCAAUGCUGGUUAUCAACAAGGUGGCGGUAUGCAAGACGAACAGCAGCAGCAGCAGCAGCAGUUGCAGCAGCAACAGCAACAGCAGUACCAGCAAGGAACUAAAAGAGAGGCACCAGUAGCUGCUGGAGGAGUAGCAGGAGCAGGAGGGGCAGGAGCAGGAAUAGGAGGAACAUCAGAUGAGGCUGAAAUAAAGCGUGGGAGAUACUGAGUUUGUCAUGCACAGUUCUUUUGGAGCCAUCGUGGUGGUUGCAAGAUGUCCAUUGUUUGCAUGUAGUUAAACAAUAAGCUUGUUUAUUUUUGGGAACCAAUAAAACUUUGUUAUUCAUAUUUUCAUUUGAGAUAUAACUUACCAGUCAUUGAAAAGUUUAAUAACUAACAUUUCAUUUGAGAUAAAGAAAUGUGGGAUUUGAAAUUUUGCAGAAUGAGCCUAUUGUGUAGCUAGAGUGCAUCUGCCAGAUAUUGACCAGACAUAACUACAACUUUUCAAUCAUUUAAGUUUAAAUGCUUGCAAUACUGCUAUAAAGGAUGCAUUUAUGUUCAUUAUUUAUAUCUUAUAUAAAAUAUUUUAUAUAAAUUAAUUUAAUUUUCUCAACCUUGGAACUUUUAUACUGAAUUGAACAAUGUGGUAAUGCAGGCAGCAACUAGGUAAGAAUGGGCUGCUGUUUGCAGUCAAGAAAAUGAGAUUUAUAUUAGUACAGCGUUAAUAAUAACCAUUAAGUGUUUAAGGUGGUUUUGUCUUGCUUGUGAGUUUGCUGUAUAUUGUAUUAGGUGUUCAAGAGUGUCUCAAUUCCUAGAACAGUGCCAUGGAACCUAUUUUUUCUAGAUCUUUGGCAUGUGAUGUAACCAUACCAAGCUCUUGUUGGGAAAUAUUUCUGUCGUAAGUGGUACCAUUUGUAAGGGCAACUUGGUAACCUAGUGAACUAGACAGGUUCUUACUUGAAACAGCAUAACCAGGCAAACGUGACCUGAACGAUCUGAUUGUUCAGUGUCGAUGUUAAUUACAUGUGUUAAGUUAGGUACAUAAACUAGGUAAAACUACUAGAGUAUAAAACUUAUGGGGUUUGUCACAUAAAUAUUGAGGGUUAAGGUAGAGAUAAUUUAAGGUAGUAAUCUAGGACACUCUCCUUGUUUCUUAGUAUGAUGUCCAGUACAAAUGUUUGUACGUUUUGUAAAAUUCUUGUGUAUUAUGUGUAUAUAUAUAUAUAUAUAAUGUGUGUAUGUAUAUAUAUACAUAUAUAAAUAAAAUGGAAUUUUAGAAUCUCUAAAAUUGGCAGAAAAGUUUAAAAAUGUGCAGUUCCACACAGAGGUAAAUAAAUAUAAUUUUUUUUUCAAAA